AUCAAAUAUCGUCAAAUUGCAGGAGUCACUCUUUCCCCCCUUUGACAGCAUACCCAAUCUCCUAUCUAGCCAAAAAGAUAUAAAGCCCACUUUUUGGACAAACAUCUACCAAUGAAUUGACAACGACCACAAGUUCAUAGACACAAUACCCAACAACCGCGCCCAACAUGCUCGAAGGUGUUCUGGCUUCAGUCUUGAACCGCUUCUUGGCAUCGUAUGUGGAUGGCUUGAAUACGUCUCAGCUAAAUGUUGGUAUUUGGAGUGGUGAUGUGAAAUUACGAAAUUUACGAUUAAAGACUUCAGCUUUGGAUAAAUUUCGUCUUCCGAUCGAUGUUAAAGAGGGAUAUUUGGGUGAUCUGACACUUUCAAUACCUUGGUCAAAUUUAAAGGGAAAGCCGGUUCGUGUAUUGGUGGAAAAUGUUUACCUUUUAGCCGCACCGAGAAAUGCAAAUGUGGACGUAGACGAAGCAGAAGAAGAUGAAAGAGCACAAGCAGCCAAACAGGAAAAGCUUGCCAAUGCAGAAUUACUCGGUCGCAAUGGCAGCAGUUCCGUCUCGAUGAGCGCAGAAGAUGCACAAAAGAGUGAAAGCUUUACAAGCUCACUUGUUACCAAGAUUGUGGAUAAUUUGCAAAUCACAGUGCGAAACAUUCAUAUCCGAUACGAAGACGAUCUAUCCAAUCCUGAGCAUCCCUUCUCGGCAGGUUUGACAUUGGCAGAAUUCUCUGCAGUCUCAACCGACAAGGAUUGGAAUCCGACAUUCAUUCAAAACAGUGCCGAUGGAAUUCACAAAUUGGCACGGCUAGAGUCCUUGGCUGCAUACUGGGACACAGACACAGUCUCUCUAGCAGGCUAUCCCGUCGAAGAAGCUCAAGAGAAGUUCAAGAGUCUCAUCGCUCGAGAGGGGAAUGUUCCAUCGCAUCAAUUUAUUCUAUCUCCCGUCUCGGGUGCUGGUAGAUUGACAAUGCGUCGUAAAAUGACUCCCGAAACCCCAAAGGUCAAUGCAGAGUUGCUGUUUGAUCAACUCGGUUUCGCUUUGGAUGAUGAACAAUACAGGGACAUCAUCUCAGUCACCGAUCUCUUCCACUUUUUCACUCGAUAUGCGCAAUAUCGACGCUUCCGUCCUGCUCCAGAAGAAUUGGAAGAGAACAGACCGAGAGCAUUAUUGCAGUUUGCGGGAAGAGCAAUUCUCAACGAAGUUCACGAGAAACAUCGCGUUUGGAGUUGGGACUAUUUCCGUCAAAGACGAGAUGACAGAAAGGAGUAUGUCCGCCUUUUCAAAGAGAAAGAAUAUGAAAACCAAAAAGCCAACCAAAAGCAAGCUGCGGUACAGCCAACGACAAGCGACAGCGGCUCAGAAUUGGCCGAAUUGGAACGUAGAUUAUCCUACAAAGAUAUCCGCUUCUAUCGCUCGAUUGCACGCAGUGAAUUGCGACGUGAACGAUUGCAAAAGCGUAAAGAAGAAGUUGAAAGCGGACAUUCAACUGCACAACAACAAGGUGCCGGUGGUGGCUGGCUUGGUUGGAUUUGGCGAGGUAAUGCAAAUGCAGAUGAGAACAACGAUGGAAUGCUUAACGAAGAACAACGUAAGGAGUUGUAUGAUGCGAUUGAAUGGGACGAAGAUAAUGCAUCUUCGAUCGCACAAGCGGUCGACCUUCCAGGCGAUGCAAUGAAAUUACGCAUGACUACAAAGCUUCAAACAGGUUCUUUCACUUUACGGGAUCAUUCGCGGGGUAAUGACGUAAUCUCUUUAGUGUUUGAUUCGCUAAAGGGAAGUAUGAUUCAAAGGAUUGACAAUUUGCAAGCCGCAAUCUCUUUGGGUGGCUUGCGUGUCUACGAUGGUACACUGCCAAAUACUCUCUAUCCACAAAUUGUUCGUGUAAAGGAUGAAGAGCUUGAACGAUCUGUAUCAAAUUCCCGACAAAAUUCCCGAGACGAGAAUGCGUUGGAAGCCGUUCAUCAGGAAAGCGAUCCCGAAAAUCCAUUCUUCGCACUGGAAUUUGAGCAUAAACCGUUGGAUAAAAGGGCGGACAACGCACUUACCUUGCGAAUGCGAUCGUUGGAGAUCAUCUAUCACAAGACAUACGUUGAGUCGAUUGUUCGCUUCUUCCAGCCUCCCGAGUCUGAGUUGGAAUUUAUCGGAGCUUUGAUCGAUGUGGCAAGCGAGACGUUGGAAGGUAUCCGUAAAGAGACUAGAGCAGGUCUUGAGAGUGCUCUAGACAAUCACAAAACAAUUGAUGUAGAUUUGGCCAUUCAAGCGCCCAUUAUCAUAGUGCCAGAAGAGCCGACGCGAAAAGAUUGUCAGCAUAUCGUUUUGGAUGCCGGUAAAAUCUCGCUAAACAGUGUCCUGGCCGAUCAAAGUGCGAUUGAGACAGUAAAGUCCCGACAAGGGAAGCAGUACACUGACGAUGAUUACAAACAACUUGAAGAUCUGAUGUACGACAGAUUCUUUGUCAAAUUAGAAUCCACCCAAUUGGUCAUGGGAAAGAAUCUCGAACAAUGUAUGCGCAGUCUGUCGGGAACAUCGCAAGAAGAUCAUGAAAUGCACUUGCUGGAAAGAAUCAAUUUGGACUUCACCUUGCAUAAUUCCAUCUUGCCAAAAGCACCAAAUUUGACAAAAUUCAAAAUGACAGGUCAUUUGCCAAUCCUUCGAGUCAAUUUCUCGGACCGGAAGUACAAAGUGCUCAUGGCCGUCAUUGAUGUUGCCAUUCCAGAUUUGGAUGACAAAGCAAGCGCUCCAAAAUCGGAAGCAAAUGGCAAGAUUUCCGAAAUUGAACAAACACUGGAACCUCCUACUGCUUCUAAACGACGAAGUCGAAGCACGUUGCAAGCUUCUAGCAGCAGUGCUACCUUUGAUCUUAACCGAGAGCGUAGAUCGAGAAUUGCCAGUCAAAUGCGUGGAGGUGAUGAAUACCUCGUUGAUUCAACAACAGUGGACGAAGACGAUGACGAAAACGAGAAUGCUUUCGAAGAUGCAGAAGAUGCUACGGCAGAUCGUAUCAAUGCUCAUCAGAAAACGUUUGAACUGCAAUUCGUUGUAGAUGCAUUGCAAGGAAGCAUAUACAAAUCCAACACUGACCCCUCCAAACCUGAUAGAUUGCUCGUUGAGGCAAGCUUUGAAGGAUUUGAACUAGGUGUGGCAGUCUAUCCUUAUCAUCUUGAGGUUGAUGUCGGUUUGAGAAGUUUGGAUAUUGAGGACAAAAUCGUUCAGCAAAAGGGUGAUGUCUUUAAACAUAUCAUCACGAGUAAAACAGUGGAUGACGGAGCAACAAGAGGUGGUACAGGAGAUUCUGUUCAUCUCACAAAGAAUGAUAAAGAUUUGGUCCGCGUCAAAUAUACCCGCGUACAGACAGAUUCUCCGGAAUUCAUGACAGUAUAUGAGGGUAUCGAUCAAAGCAUCAACGUGGAACUGUCAACGAUCAAUUUGAUGCUUACACGAGUCAGCAUUUUAGCCUUGUACGAUUGGAUCAUGACAACAUUUGUGCCUCCAGACUCGGCCACGCCAACUGCAAACGGUAACGCCGAAAAGCAAAUCGAGGAUAGCGAAGAUCAGCAAGUGACAGCGCCACCCACUGAUGGCCGAAAAGAGAAAUUGCGCGUACGAGUGAAGCUCACCUCAAUUGUGUUGCGAUUGAACAAUGAUGGAGAAUUAUUGGCUACCUUGACUUUGUCUACUGCAGACGUUGCCGUGCUUUUACGCGGCAAUACUCUUCGGGUUGCAUCACGUAUUGGCUCAUUAUCCCUAUUCGACAACACACAACGAGAAGCAGCCUCGCCUGAAUUCAAGAAUUUGUUAUCCAUUGAAGGAGAUGAAUUGGCAGACUUUACCUAUGAAACAUUCGACGAAGCUGAUGGUCAGACUUAUCCGGGAUACGAUAUGGCUGUUUGGUUGCGAACGGGAUCGCUUCGGUUCGUGUUUGUUGAAGAGACGAUGGCUGAUUUGUUGCGCUUCUUUAGCAAGUUUGCACAAAUGAAAGCAGUGUAUGAUGCUGCAACAAUGGCAGCAAGUGCUCAAGCCACACAAUUACAGUCCAAAGCCAUGAAGAUGCAUUAUGAUAUCUUGAUUCGAACACCAAUCGUUGUUAUGCCACGCGAAGCAGAUGUGUCUGCAGAUUCCAUCACGGCUCACUUGGGUGAGAUUUAUGCUCAUAACACAUUCUUGGCUGAUCAAAACGAUCCUUCUCGUGCUUUGAUCAAGAUUGAAGCGGGUAUUCGACAUAUCCGACUGGCAUCUCGAUUCAUUCAAAAACGCAAAGCACAUCACGUACAAAUGAUUGACGAUGUGAAUAUUGAAGUGGAUAUCACUCAACAAGACGGCUUGACGAGAGAAGCAUCAAAUGAAGGCCAAGACAACGCUACCGCCUCCACUGCACAAGAACCAGAUAUGCAAAUUUUGGCUAAAAUGUCUGAUGUCUCGAUCAAUUUGACCGAACAGCAAUAUCAAUUCAUCAUGGGCUUAAUGCAAAGCAUACCAAAAGCCUUUGCUACGAUUGAUGAAGAUGAUGAAGAGGGUGCUACAGCAAUAUCGCCAACCUUAUCUGAGAAUAUGCAGCAGACACAAGAGCAAAACAAGAAACCCGUGGAUAAGCCAGCAAUUGAUUUGUUACCCGAAUUAGGCACCACGGGAAGAGACACCGAAGGAGCUACUGUUUCAUUGAGUACGAGCAUUGAUUUGUUAUUCAGUGUGAAUGCAAUCAAUGUCGAGUUAUUCUCUUCAGCUGCUAUCGAUCAAGAAACAAUGCACAAAUCAUCUUUGGCUCGCCUGGCAUUGACGGGAUCAGAAGUGAAGUUAAAGAUGCUCUCCGAUUCAUCUCUUGAAGCAGAAGUAGCAUUGAAAGCAUUCAACGUCACAGAUACACGAAUUGACAAACAGACACAAUUCCGUGACAUCAUCCCAGCAAUCGCUCAUGAAGGUCAUCAAUUCAUGUUGAGUUACUCGAUGGGCAGUGAUGGUAGUGCAUUGGCCUUGGUCACCGUUGACUCUCCCAAAGUCAUCUUUUCGUUGGACCCACUGUUUGCAUUGGUGGACUUUUUCAUGAGCGCUUUCAAUGAACAGCAAAUCGAACCUGAACAGCCAUCUCGAGCAAUGUCACGCAAACAACUCGAAACCAGUCAACAGAGCCGCAGAACGACGAACAAAGAACGUCAAGCAAAGAAAGCACAACAGGAAGCACCAGCUAAACCGGAAAGCACAGCUACGCUUGCAUUCCGAAUCAAUGUUGUCGAUCCAACAAUCAUUCUCUUGGCCGAGCCUGAAAAAGCUGAUACAAAAGCCAUCAUUCUCUCCAUUCGUCAAGUGUUAAUGUCACAACAAGGUAUUCUUGCUCUAAAAGUUGAUCAAUUCGGCAUGUUUAUGUGCAGAAUGAACAGACCAAAAGAUACAGUUCGACUGGUGGAUAACUUUGAUAUCGCAAUGAGCUUGGAUAGCAGAGAUGCUGGUGGACCAUUACAACAAACCAAUACCAAUAUUGAGGUGAACGUAGAUCCGAUCAUCAUGCGCGUUUCCCUCAAGGAUAUGGUGAUGAUCAGUAAUGUGAUCAACAGAGCGAUUGAAUUGAGCAGCAAAACCGGUUCAGGCUCCAACGCCAAGGACACAUCAAAAGGUGCUCCAUCUCGCGUGAGCAGCGCAGGAGGUGCUGUUCAAACGAUUCGUGCUGGAGAAGGAGAAGGAUCUGACGCAGUCGCAUCAACGAAAACUGCUGGACUCUCGGAAGAUGGUCAUAGAUUAGAAGCUGCAGAACUUUUGGUCACCAAAGAAGUUCUCAAAGCCGAUUUGCAGGGUAUUCAAUUGAUUCUAAUUGGAGAUGUUCAUUCGUUGCCACUCCUUGACUGUAGCAUCGCUGCUUUCAGUGUAGAUGUUCGUGAUUGGACUUCGGAUAUGCGUGCAGCACUCUCGAUCGGAAUGCAUGUGAAUUACUACAAUUUGAAAAAGAGUCAUUGGGAACCUCUUAUUGAUCCUUGGAAUUUGGAUUUCUCAAUGGAAAGCAAAGCAGGUAGCAACACCAUGACCUUGUCAUCAAAGCGAACAAUGGAAUUGAACAUCACCAACACAUUAAUUGAACAAGUGAUGACCAAUCUUUCCGUCAUUCAAGAAAAUGUUCGCGAAGGAGAGGAUAAUCCUGAUCGUGAAAAUCAAGCCCCUUUCGUAAUCCGUAAUAGGACUGGAUACAGAGUCAGCUUAUGGGGACAACAUCAGGGUGAUGCCAAAGGACCACGACAUGGUGCUCAGCAUAUUGAUGACGGUCACGAUUUGCCUUGGCGAUUUGAGAGUUGGAAGGUGAUGCGUGAUCACAUUCUCGAUCGUACUGGAGGCGGAAACGAGUUAACCGUACACAUUGAAGGAAUGGCUUGGGAGCGUAUCCGGCACUUGAACGUCGAUCAACAAGGCGAAAAGAUUGUAAAUCUCCGUCCAAAGAUUGAUCGCGUUGCACAUAGGCUGUUGUGCGAUGUCAGCUUGGAGAACAAUGUCAAGGUUGUCACUCUGAGAAGCACCUUCAAUAUCGAAAACAACACGCUCGUACCGAUCGAGUUUGUUGUUCUGGACAGCAAUGGAGAUUUGACGGAUAUCAUUCGCAAAAUUGCCCCUGGUUCAAGCUGUCCUGUUCCGAUCGAAGCCGCUUUCCAUUCACGAAUCCGGAUGAGACCUGAUCCAGGUUUCGAGUAUGGUUGGUCGAAUGAGGCUGUUGGGUGGCAAGAAUUGAUCAAAAAGUCCACCCGAGUCUUGACCUGCAAUGACGGCAAUGAACACGAAGCGCCUUUCCGAUUCCAAUGCUUCACAAAGUUUGAUCGAAAUGAUCCUUUGGCAAGACAAUACCCAAGACUCACUUUGUGUGUUCGUGCUCCGGUUGAGGUUGAGAACCUUUUGCCGUAUGACAUACAAUAUCGCAUCUUUGACAAGAAUCACAACCGCAAUUGGUCAAGCUUCCUAAGAAAGGGAGGCGUUUCACCAAUUCAUGUUGUUGAUCUUUCGCAUUUGCUCUUGCUUUCGAUUGAUGUUCAGUCGUCCGUCUUUUCACCUUCAGAGUUUGCCAUCAUUUCUACUGAUAAUGGAGAUGAUUUCCCUGUGGAGAAAUUCCUGACAUUGGCCGAUGCCGAAAACCUGAAGCUGCAACUACGACUGCAUUACCACAAAUAUGCCGAUAGUGGAGGCGCUUUCAAGGUGCAGAUCUAUUCGCCUUACAUCUUUGUCAACCUGACUGGAUUGCCUUUCUCCCUCAAGACAAAGAGCUGGAUCGGAGGGGCAAAAUUGGUAGCUGGUCAAGAUCCAGGAUCCAGCAAGAGCAUUGCCGAUGUUCGACGUGAACCUGAACCAUUCUUGUUCAGUCACAGUACCCGUGAUAGACGUAAUCGCGUUCAAUUACGAGUCGGUGACUCAAGUUGGAGUAGACCAAUGUCUUUUGACGCAGUUGGUUCAGAGACUGAGCUUACCAUUCCUUCCAGUAGCCGCAAUGAGGAAAUCCAUCUUGGUUUGACGAUCGAAGAAGGUUUGGGCAAGUUCAAAUUGAGCAAGGUUGUUAAACUGACACCCAGAUACAUGGUUCGCAACAAUUUGGGGGAAGAGGUAAACAUCCGCGAAGUGGGUGGUGCUGAUGUUGUCACUGCACAAACGGAAGGUAGACAACCUUUGCAUUUCCUUCGUGUUGGGGCAAGUAAACAAAUGUGUUUGGCAUACCCUGGUCUUAACAACAAGUGGACUUCGCCAUUCAAUUUGGAAGAUAUCGGUAGAGUCCAUUUGCGUAUCGCUCGCGCAGGUCAUCAACAACAUUUGAUCAAGGUGGACGUCUUGCUUGAAGGUCCAACAAUCUUUAUCUCUCUCGAGCAUGAAAAAGGGCCAUGGCCGUUCAUGCUGCGCAAUGAGAGUGAUUAUACAAUCACAUUCAUGCAAGCCAUUGAACGUGGGGAUGCAAAACAAGAAGGUGGAGCAGAUGAAGCCGUGGGUAAACGAUACGAACUCAAACCGCGUAGUAAGAUGAAGUACGCUUGGGAUUAUCCUGCCAUGCCGGAUAAGACUGUCAAAUUGGUAGCAAAUGGCAAAGAGAGAAAUGUCAAUAUCCUCGAAAUCGGUAGUUUGCUUCCAUUCAAAUUCCCAAGCGGUGAUGGAAGAGGAAACCGCAUUGUUUCUUUGGACGUUCGUGCUGAUGGACCGACGCAAACCCUCGUGAUCAGCAACUGGAGCGAAGCGCACAGCAACUACAAGAUGAAGAGACAAAAUAGCACCCUUUCACGCACCGAAACCAUGCGUACAGAUGUAGGUUUCGAAGCUGUGGAUGUGGAUACAAAGAUUAUUUCUUCUUUCAAUAUCGAACUCGAAGGACUUGGUAUCUCGCUCAUUAAUCGUGCACAACAAGAACUUGCCUAUGUAAGCUUCCGAGGAUUGGAGUUCCACUACAGUGAAAGCGAGGUGACCACAGCGUUCAACGUGAUCUGCAAAUGGAUCCAAAUCGAUAACCAACUCUUUACCGGGCUGUUCCCGAUCGUCCUGUACCCUGCAGUUAUUGCCCCAAAUCAAUCCGCUUUGGAAAGCCAUCCUACCUUGCAAGCAAGUUUGAUCAGAAGCAAAGAUGAAUCUCACGGUUUGGUGCACAUCAAAUAUGCAAGUUUCCUAUUGCAAGAAGUGACUGUGGAAUUGGAUGAAGACUUCCUGUUUGCUUGUUUGGAUUUCGCAAAGAUUGAAAGUGGUGGUAAAUCAGAAGAUGAUUCCGCUACCGAUUUCGCAGAAAAUCCCCGUGAGAUCCCUGAUCCGAAGGACUUAGUCGGAGGAGGUCCAGCAGGAAGCAAGGAAGGCGAAGGAGAUGUCUAUAUUGGCAUUUUGCAUUUGCAACCUUUGGCGAUCAAUCUUUCAAUUGUGCGCAGUGAAAGGAGUGGCGGUGAUGAAGCAGAAGAUGCUUCUUCAGGAAAUCCGCUCUACUUCUUGCUCAAUGCUGCCUCAAUGGCAGUGGGAAGCUUGGCUGAUGCUCCUAUUCGUCUUUCUGCAUUGGUGAUCGAGAAUGUCCGUCUUUCUCCAAAUGUCUUGACGGAAAGAAUCACGAUGCAUUAUACACAAGCGAUGUUGUUCCAAGUAUACAGAUUGGUCGGUAGUAUUGAUGUGCUGGGUAAUCCGAUUGGACUCUUUAACAACGUGGGCAACGGUGUCGUAUCUCUCUUCUACGAACCAUAUCAAGGUUUGGUCAUGCAUGGUCAUCGUGAAUUAGGAAUGGGAAUCGCUCGUGGUGCAUCAACGGCCGUCAAAUCCAUCGUCUUUGGUUUGUCAGAUAGUGCAAGUAAGGUGACUGGAUCAAUCUCGCAGGGUUUAGCGGCCGCCACGAUGGAUCCGGCCUUUCAGGCAAGGAGGAGAAUUACGAAAUUCCGCAACAAACCUCGACAUGCUCUUUAUGGAUUGCAAGCCGCAGGCGCGAGUUUCUUUACAGGCGUGACCAGUGGUGUCGAAGGUUUGGCGUUACGUCCGCUAGAAGGCGCAGAGCAGAAUGGUGCGGCAGGAUUUGUGACAGGAAUUGGAAAGGCUUUGGUUGGCUUUGCAACAAAGCCAGCUGUUGGUAUCUUUGAUGCUGCUUCCAAUUUGACAACGGGUGUAAAGAACAGUCUGUCCUUGUUUGAUGGAGAAAUUGACAGGGUUCGACUGCCGAGAUUUAUCGCUUCCGACGGUAUUGUACGACCGUACAGCAGCCGCGAAGCUUUGGGUCAAAUGUGGCUUCGUUCCUGCGAUGAUGGACGAUUGAUCAAAGAACACUAUGUUGCGCAUGUUGACUUGGGCAGCGGAAACCAUCACAGCAAACACCUUCACCGUGGAAGUGAUGCAGAGAACAAGAGCAAAAAUGGCAAUGGACCCAAAUCAAACAUGUCCGAUUCAUCCAAUCAAGGCGAUAACGUGAUCAUGUUGACAACAACGCGAAUUCUGUUCUUAAAGACUCUCAAAUUGCGAUGUGCAUGGGAAGUUCUAUUGAAUGAUUUGAGUAGCAUCUCUUUGGAAUCUGAAGGAAUUGCUUUGAUUUUGAGAGGUGGAUUGGCAGGACCUUUCUUACCUUUACGCGAUAUUGGAAAUGCUCAAGUGCAAGCCGCUCCAAUCUUGGGAAAUGUGGCUACGAAAUUGCAAGAGCAACUCUUGUCAUCUUCAGAAAGUGUGGCUGACAAGCAAAUCGUUCAACCAUAUGCCGUGCGCGAUACCGAUUCCGGUCUGGUUGGAUAUGGUUUUGGUCGUAUCAGCGAGUAUAGUCAAGAUCAUUGGAACGAACGUCACCAGCUCCUCUCCAAAGCGGACGAUGAGGACUUCUUGGGAUCUUUGAUCAAUGACAGUAUCUCCGAGCCGCAUCAAUACAAGCAAGGCAAAAAGGCAACCCAAAACGAUGCUGAUUUGCAACUCUUGGCCGCAAGUAAGAUUGGAGGUGACGUUGAUGCUUUGAUCGUUGGAAAUUCCGAUCUAGAUCCCGCAGUUGAGGCUGCAACCAAGAUUUCAGGUUUGAAGAAAGUUCAUGUCGCAAAAGAUGCAAAGUAUGAACACCUGUUCGCCGAACCUUUGGCACCUUUGAUCAAAAGCGUCGUUGAAAAGGGAAAUUACACUCACGUCUUUGCCGGCCAUUCAGCUAUCGGACCUGAUGUUAUGGCAAGAGCAAGUGCUUUGUUGGACGUAAGCCAAAUCAGUGAUAUCAUCGCAGUCGAAUCAGAAGAUACAUUCCAACGUCCAAUUUAUGCCGGAAAUGCAUUGUUGACAGUCAAAUCAAACGACAAAGUCAAAGUGAUUACCGUUCGUGGUACCGCAUUCGAAAAAGCAGCAACAGAUGGCGGAAAUGGUGAAAAGGCAGAAGUUGCAGCUGUGGACGGAUCGGCACCAACAUCAUUCAUUGAAGAAAAGAUCAAUCAAUCUUCUCGACCUGAUCUUGCAACCGCUCCUCGUGUCGUUUCCGGUGGUCGUGCUUUGAAAUCAGGUGAAAACUUUGUUAAAUACAUUGAACCUUUGGCAGACGCCCUAAAGGCUGCCGUUGGUGCUUCUCGUGCCGCCGUUGAUGCAGGAUAUGCAGACAAUGCCUUGCAAGUUGGACAAACGGGUAAAAUUAUUGCACCUGAAUUGUACGUUGCCGUCGGUAUCUCAGGAGCAAUUCAACAUUUAGCAGGAAUGAAGGAUAGUAAGACAAUCGUUGCCAUUAACAAAGAUGCUGAUGCUCCAAUCUUCCAAAUUGCCGAUCUCGGUUUGGUGGCUGAUUUGUACGAUGCCGUGCCCGAAUUGACCGAAAAAGUUAAGUAAAACAUUCAUGUAAUUCAUUCCUAGCAAUACAUUAUAUAGUACAUAAUCAUAUCAUCUCUUCGUCCUGGGAUUCUUGCUGCACCAAAUCCCAGUAUGUCAAAUGUCCCUCAUCAUCCAAAGUUGCGCAUACUUCUUUGCGUUUAUUGAGCGAUAGCUUCUUUGCAUU